AUGGAUAUUGAUCGCCCUGCUAACGUCUCUGUCUUUGAUUACGUUGGAGGAGUUCAACUUCUCCAGGGAAGCGACACCAGGACAGCCAUGCCCAUCAUCUUGAUCGGGAUCUGCGUGUCUGGAGCAAUUGGGAAUUUGCUCGUUUUGCUGAUUUUCAUUCGUGACUUCAGGAACGGAAAGGGCUCUGAGGUGAAGGCUCUCCUCGCCUCUCUCGCCUCCACGGACUUGGUGAUCCUGCUGCUGUGCGCCCCGGUGCGCGCAGUCACCUACUACAAGCAGACCUGGACCAUGGGGAGUUUUGUUUGCAGCACCACGGACUGGUUCCAGCACUCCUGCGUGGUUGCAAAAACUUUAAUCCUUGCUGUCACCACCAGAGCCAAACACACUUUGGUUCCCAGCUCUGCUAUGAGACCCCUCCACAGCCUGACGUGGAUCCACGGAGCCCUGGCGUUUAUUUGGAUUGUGUCCAUGAUGCUUCCUAUCCCUCAGAUGCUUUUUGCUUCUUUGCUGCCAUACGGUAGCGACACUAUUUGCGUCUCUGAAAUGCCAGUGUGCGCAGCUGACUUCAUGAAAAUGUUCUACAAGAUUUAUCCAACUGUGACUUUUGUGGUUCCGGUUAUUUUCACAGUUGCUUACUACACCAAAAUGCUGCACACUGCGGUGAACCACGCACCCAGUCCCCAGCAUCAGAGCAAGGUGAUCCUGGUUUUAUUUUGUCUAAGCAGCGCCCUUGGGCUCAUGCUGCUUCCAGAGUGGGGCACAUUCACCUGGAUCAGACUCGGGUACAGCAGACCCCCUGCUGGUUUAAUCAUCUUUGCGCAGGUCCUCCUUUACGCAUGCAGCUCCCUCUCUCCGGUCAUCCUAAUGACCAUGUACGACGAUGUGCGCCAAGGACUGAUCACCAUCUGGUUUAUGGCGACCUGCAGAGGCUCAACGCAGCUCCCCAUCAUCAAAUGUCCAAAAUCAGAAGAUAACGGAGCUGAGAUCGGAGCCAACGCCGUCGACAACUCGGUCUCGCAAGAAGAGAAGACCUUCCCAGAUGUGGAGCACUUUUGGACAGGACGCAGGAAUACGCAGGUCGAGGAUGAGCAGGAUCCGGUUCCGUGGGAGAGAGAGGAGAAAAUGUUGUAG